AUGCUCUUAAAGCGCCGCCAUUCUGUAAAUGACAAAAUUCACACUCCACGACAUCCUGUCACUAUCCCUUACAUUAAGGGUUGCAGUGAGAGUAUUUGUAAAGCCCUGAGGAACAAAGGAUUCGACGUGGUUUAUACAGUUUCCAAAAAACUCGAUCGUAUUAUUAAUAGCGGCAAGGAUAGACUGGCAAGCGUGAAACGCACUGAGCUUGUAUAUGAGAUCAAUUGUCUGAAUUGCGAGGCAUGUUACAUCGGACAGACCAAAAGAAAUUUGGAGACGAGAAUCAAGGAACAUCGUGCGGAUAUUAAAAAGCAUCCCAGUAAUCAUUCUGUAGUUAGCAAGCAUAAGACCUCUUGGAAUCACAAUUUUAAUUGGUCUCGUACCAAGGUUCUACAUAGCGAGAAACACUUUAAAAAGAGAGAGAUAGCCGAAAUG